CACAUACAGGUAUUUAUAUCUGAUGUUGACGGUGCAGCAGCUUAGUGCACACCAAGCCAAUGAGCAGGUGUGAGUCCGAGUGAUCCACUCCACCUGACGGAGAUUGUUUGGAGGAUAACAGGCUGACCCUGAAACAUACGUCUUACUGUCUGAAGAGUCUCAGCUGCAAACACUGUGCGUUUCUUUGACUGUCAGAAGAGGAACAUCCUCUUUGUUUCUGUCAUAAACAGCCACUCAACAGAAUCCAUAAAUCAUGUCUGUUCUGCAGAAGCUCCCCCUCACAGUGGCCCUUUGCCUGCUGCUCCUCGCCACACUGUUACCCAGCUCUGAAGCCCGGCGCGGUGGUGGUCGUGGGGGUUUUGGAGGUGGUGGAUUUAACAGAGGUGGUGGCAAUAGCCGGGGCUGGGGCGGUGGGGGAGGCCAGGCCUACAGACCGGUCCAGAGCAGUGGCCCCAGUGCAGGGAAAGUAGCUGGGGCAGCUGCAGCGGGCGCCAUAGGAGGAGCAAUGAUUGGUUCUGCCCUGAGCCGCCCUGGGUAUGGUGGAGGAUAUGGAGGGUAUGGUGGAGGGUAUGGUGGAGGGUAUGGAGGAUAUGGAGGGGGGUAUGGCUACCCACGAUAUGGAGUUGGGGGUGGCUACGGGCCUAGGCCUGGCUACGAGCCAGAGGGCUCUGGAGAUAUGGAGUACUACACUGCGGCAUCCAGCGGCCCCAUCUACAACAGUAUCAUCGUUGUGAUUGGGUCCCUAAUGUCCCUGCUGAUGGGCCACUGGGUGGCAGUCAUGUAGAGCCGGAGACAGAGCUGGGAUCCCAAAAACACACACACAGGUCCAAAUAAACCAACAA